AUGCACGACAGUCGUACAGACAGAAUGAUGCACACAGGCCAUGGGCAGCAGCAGCGCAAGCAAAAGGCGGCGGCAUCAGGCCUCAUCAUCUCGCCGCCGCCAGCAUCAGUGUCGCUCGCUCGUCACAGCUACAGUCGACACUUCCAUACAGCGAAGAGCCCGCCUUUGACCCCCAUCACUGGCUCGUCGACAUGUUCCGUUCACAGCCGGGGUCAAGACAACGCAACAGGGCUACAUCGCUCAUUCGAAUUGGAAGUCAGGCUCGAGCAAGAGCCUGAAGAUUGCAUCUAUACCACUGAUUCGCCGUAUGCGGCGCUGCAGAGUGCAAGGUAUGACCAAACUUGCUUCGAGCGUCCAACCUGGCGAACUCCUCCUUCUCUCAGCGCAAGUGAAUCAAGCACAGCAGGCAGUCCGACACUGGGCUCCUUCUCACUCCGUUUGGAUACCCGAGAUGAGUCUGUCUUGCCAGAGCUACCGGCAUUCGAAUUGGAAUCGCUGCGUAAAGAAUUUGGCAGUGCAAGUCCAAGUCAAAGCGAGCUCGGCAUCACAGAGAGUCCGGCACGGAGGAGUCAGCAGUACGGCGAUAUCUACAUAAGUCUCGAUGGGGUGUCAGAGCCACCCAAGUCUCCGUUCUACGUGCAGCCGCAUCAGGUCAAGCGGCAGUCGCCACUGUCUCUGAGCCAUGUUCCCAUACUGCUCGAUGAACGGCCAAUGGCGACCACAAUAAAGGUCCGUGCACCACCUGUGUCUCCAUCGCCUGUGCCGCGAAAGACAUCAGGAUCAAAGGCGACGCCAAAGCGAGAAUUACUCCCUUCUGCGCUAAGCGACUUUGCCAAUAGGGAAUUGCCGGCUGUACCUGGCGGUAGGCCAUACAAGCCGCAAAGACUCUUUGGCGCCAAACCAGUGCUUCAACAAGAAACGGAGGAACUUGAUUUAUCUUUUGCAGAGAUGCCUGUAUCGUACAGGCGGCCGUCCAUGUCAUCAGUGUCGCCUGGCAUUCCUGUGUCGCCUGUCAGGUCUGUCAGAGAAGAUAUACCUGUUUUGUUUGCCUGUCCCACGCCUCCAGGAAAAUCGCCUUCGAGAAACAAAGGUGUCAUGACUGAGAGUUCCAAGUAUGUUGGUACUGAUCACUCAGCUGGACUGAAGCCUUCGAGAUUGUACGAUAUGAUUUGA